AUGGAGCACUUCCACCGCACCAACCCCACCGCCUUCGGCCCCAGCAGAGGCAGCAGCGUCUACUCCACCUCCUCCUCCACUGCCGCCAAUCCCCGCUCCACCUCCCCUUCCUACGCCGAAAGCACCACCAGCACCUCCUCCCGCCCGGCUUCCACUGUACCUUCAUACAUGAACGCCCCCGUCACGCGGAAACCCAUCGGCAAGCGACCGAUGAGCACGGCGAACGCGCUGGACUACCAGGACGGGAAAGAGACGACGGCGGAGCAGCAGCAGAUACCCGCUACGGCGCCUGUGGCUUUGACGAAGGGGGUGUUGGUUCUGGCGGUCGCGAGGGAGGUGCAUCCGAAGACGAUGGAGUAUUUGGGGGUGAUGUUGCGGAAAGGGGCGUAUUCGCGGGUGGUGGUAGUGGGGUGUUUUGAGUGGGAGGGGCAGUUGAAGCAGUUGAAGAUGGAUUUGUACGCGCUGUUGGGGAAGUUGGGGUUGGAGGUGGGUGUGCAGGUGGAGUUGCGGGGGAGGUGGAGUGGGGAGGUUGUUGGGGAGGUGGUGGAGAAGGCGCUGGCGGGGGAGCAGCUGUUGCAUGGGGUGUUGUGCUGUCCGUCGUUUGGUACGGGUAAUUCGGAUGUGUUGCAGCUGGAUGAGGCUGCGUUCGCGGAGGAGUGGAGUGGUUCGGUCAACUUCCUGCGGAAUCUGGCGAGAGCGACUGUGCCGCGGAUAAAAUCGAAUGCUACCUCGAGAGCGGCGUCUGGGUACUUUGUCGUCACCGAGCCGGCGCAGAUGAGCCCGGUGUCUGCUGUAUGCAAAGCUGCUUGUGACCGGAUCGUCGUCAUGCUGGCUGAUUCCAACUUGCGAUUGACGAUUGCCUAUGCCGACACUGUGCUCAUACCCGAGCCAGAGCCUGUGGAAACGAAUGGCAAGCUGGACCUUCAAACAGACGCUCUGCAGUAUGAUUAUUACCAGGACGACUUCCAGGGAGGAGAGUCACCGACGAAGCUCUGGAAUAUGUGGGCUUUACAGGAUCAGCUGAACAAUUCGUGA